GAUUUUUUCUUCCAAACUACCUCUAACUUAAUUUUAUAAAAUUUCAACGAAUAACUGAGGUCAGUAGCGUUCGCUAGAAGAAGAGGGAAAGGAAGCUUCCAUAGUUCCAUGGUUCUCCGUGCUACCGCGCCAUCCCGACCCUCGACUCCGAGUCAGUGCAGAAUCUUGGGAAUUCAGCCCUGGCCUCUGUACACGGCCCACACAAUUGCCGCCAUUGAAGUUUCCCAUUCUAUACUCACCUACGUCAGGUCUCUAACAAUGGCGUCGUCGUCCUCUUCCACGUCUGGUGGCGACGCUGCAACUCUCCGGCAAAAGAGAAUCUUUGCGAGCAAGCUUUACUUCGACGUUUCUCCAACUAAGGUCCCGCUAAUUUACUCUCCCGCUUACGACAUCGCAUUUCUGGGCAUUGAAAAGCUGCAUCCGUUUGAUUCUUCAAAAUGGGGCCGAGUUUGCCAAUUCUUGAUCUCGGCUGGUGUUCUCGAUAAGAAAAGAAUCGUUGAGCCAAUCGAAGCUUCUAAAGAUGAUCUGCUGGUGGUUCAUUCUGAAGCGUACCUGGAAAGUCUGAAGAGCAGCCCUAAUGUUGCCAUGAUGGUUGAGGACUAUACAGUACAGGUUCCUCCUGUUGCCAUGUUCCCCAAUUGUCUUGUGCAGAAGAAACUUCUAUAUCCUUUUCGCAAGCAGGUAGGAGGAACCGUGUUGGCUGCUAAGCUUGCUAAAGAACGAGGAUGUGCUGUCAAUGUUGGGGGAGGGUUCCAUCACUGUAGCAGUGAAAGAGGAGGUGGAUUUUGUGUUUAUGCGGAUAUUUCACUUUGCAUACACUAUGCUUUUGCUCGAUUGAAUAUAUCCAGGGUGAUGAUUAUUGACCUUGAUGCUCACCAAGGGAACGGCCAUGAAAGGGACUUCUCCGCUGACAAAAGGGUCUAUAUUUUGGAUAUGUACAAUCCUGGAAUAUACCCAUUUGAUUAUGAGGCAAGUAGAUACAUUGAUCAGAAAGUUGAAGUAAUGAGUGGAACAACAACAGAUGUCUACUUGAGCAGAUUAGAUGAUGCACUUGAGGUUGCUGGUAGAAUGUUUGAUCCUGAGUUGAUAGUUUACAACGCUGGUACUGAUAUACUUGAUGGAGAUCCGUUGGGCAGGUUGAAGGGGCGCGCGACGGCGCGCGGAGCAGAGGGCGGCGACGCGGGGAAGAGGCGCGAAGAAGCAGAAAGGUUGGUGAGGCGAGCCGAGUCAGUCCUCGACAAAGAAGCUGCCAGGAGUAAAGCUCCACAUUCCCCCUCGACCAAAACAACCGCGAAGGAAGUCGAGGAGAUUGUCUCGGAGCCUAUUUCGCCAUCAGCUGCCAUCCCUAACAUCAUCACCAUAACUGACGAGCAAUCGAACCAUAGUGAAGCAGUCGCCGUACUUCCAUCAUCCAUUGCCAAAGAAGAAAUUCAGGCAGCCAAAAUUCCAUGCGAACAACAGCUGCUGCCGACAUCAACCCCCACACUCGACCACCUUGCCUCGCCGGCAUCACCAACAACCGUCGCUGCCGCUUCAAGGACUGCAAUCACCUUGGUCGUGGCAGAAGAGUCGUUCGCAGAGAAGAUUGAAUCCAAUCUGAAAGUGGAGGAGGUAUUACAGAUAAAUCUCAAAGAGGCUGACCCUCUAAUUGGGAAUUUGUUGGUGAAGAGUUCUAGGUUCAAUUGGAAGUUCCGGAAGAAGUUGAAGCCCGAUGAAGUGGAGUCGGCGGCCGACGCGUCGAGCAUCACCGUUGCCUCGUCCGCGUCUUCGCCGAUUCGUCCACCAGUUUCAGCCAAGGAGAAGGCCAUCUCCGUCUCUAAACUUGAGGCCACUGCGUUAUCAACCAGCGGGGCGGCGGGGAUGACCGGUGCCAACCGGGAACUGGAAGGCGAGACGAUGAAGGGUUCUCGGGUUGUAUCGCCGAGGUCGCGAGCUGCGCGAGGAUCGAAGGAAGAUUCCGCCAAGUUGUCGAUCGAGAAGAAACAGCGGCGGAGAGGCAUGGCGCCGGAUUUGCCUGGGUUUCGGCCCGUGGACGGCGCGCUCGGGAAGAAAAUGCCGCCUGGGCUCGGGCCAUCGAGGGAGAAGAAAACUAGCUGGGCGGCGGGUCGCGUUGGACAACGGGAAGAGUCGGAGAAGGAGAUCGGCGCCGAGGAGCUGCUACUCGCGUCGCCGGGAAACGAAGCGCCGAGGAAGGAAGAAACGUCGGACGACGGAAGGAAGAGGCCGGAGAUAACGUGGCCGCCUCACCGCCGGGUAGAGUUGCCGGCGAAAGAAAUGGAGGAGGGCGGCGCUGCUUCUCUUUUCGCCAACUAUGGGUCUCAAACCCUAGGGUGUGCUAACCUGCUGCCAUUUCCGGUGGGUCACACGGCUGGUUGGGCCGCCUACCUUACUGGGCCAAUUACUGAGCAAAAAGUGAUUUGGGUCAAAUGUUUUGAUGAGUCAAAUUCAGUGGGCCGUGAGCACACGCGGUCAAGGAGGGAGCAAUUCAUUUCGGGCCAAGUGGGGCAGCAGAACGUGGUCGCUACUAGGGAUGCAGCGGGCUUUAGUCACAAAAUUGAGCUGCAUUCUUGGAAACGAUUUAUGUUAGACUCUGGGUCAAAAAGUGGACACAUUGGGCCGCGUCUGCAAGGAGUGAGUGAGCCCAAUUUAGAUUGUGUCUUGAUAAAGGUGCGCUGGGAAGGAAAUGAAGAUGGGAAUGAAAGCUUAGUUGGUAGGCUUUUGGAGUGGCAGGGCUCAAAAUUAAUUGGAAAUGCAACGAAUUUGGAUUAUGGGCUUGUUCUAAGGAAGAUACUUGAGGGCCUUGAUGAGCUGGUUUUUAAGGAUAGGUUCUUGUGCCAUAAGAACCAUUUCGAUUUCUUAAAGUACUGGGUUGUGGUGCCAACAAAAGAGGAGUUAUUCAACCAGGAAGCAAAGAGUGGACUCUUGAAGGAUUCUGGCGCCGCCGUCACCGUCGCCAUCUCCGCCCUCCUCCUUGUCUAUUCUUCUAGUCGAUAUGGCUUCCGUUUGCAGAUUAGUCCUUCUGGUGUAAUCAACAGGGAUGAGAAGGUAUUUAGGUUUGCUCGUGAAAGAACUGUACCCCUGGUCAUGCUGACAUCAGGUGGUUAUAUGAAGUCCAGCGCAAGAGUGAUUGCAGAUUCACUGGCAAAUCUCUCCACGAAAUGCUUAAUAGAUUUAAAGUUGUCCAUGUGAGGAAUUUUAGUGUAUAGGCAUAGCUACAGCUGGUUUCCUCUUUGUAUUGUAUAGUUUGUGCAGGGCUGAAUAAUGUCAGGAGCGAAGUCUUGGGACUACCGCUAAUGCCGUUUGUGUUUUUGUCUUGAAGAGGACUGCUAAUGCCGUUUGUCUGAACAUGAAUAAUUAAUCCAAUUCCAAUGUUAGGUUGCAUGUGAGCGUCGGGUAGGGUGUAUAAUGUUAGCAAAGACAAUUUUAUCAAAGACGUAUGCGACUUUUGUGAUAUGUAUAUUGACUCCUUAGUUGUCCGUCAGAUGUAAAGGUUGACCAAAUGUUGGUCAAAGUGAUGUUGAUUUUUGUUG